CGACAGGCUUGAGUCAGAGGCACUGGGUGUGAAGGCAGGAGGGAUUGGCGUAGGAUCUCGUGGUGUCCUGGCCACUGGGCUGAGACAAAAAUCGACUCGCGACUGAGUCUGUGACAAUCCCAUAUAUUGGGAGAGAGGCAGCGAGGAUGUUCUUCGGCGGGUUUCCGUUCGGCGGCUUCGAGGAUGGGCCGCAUCCGGGAAUGCCGGGAAUGAGACGAGAGAAGAAGGGUCACUCACUCACUCACGCACUCACACACAUGCACGCGCUUCGUUGGCAUGAGGGAGGGAUGGCUGACCUGACUGUCCGUCCCUCUGUGUGUGUGUGUCCUUCAGAGGUUGAUAACAAGCGGUUCUACGAGGUGCUGGGCGUCAGCCAGAAUGACGACCUCAACACUAUCAAGAAGGCCUACCGGAAACUCGGUAAGCGCAUCGCGAUUCAUCGCACUCACUCACUCACUGAGAGGGCGUUGAUUGCAACAUCGGUCGCGGGUUGUGGCAUCUUUGUUGUGUGUGGCAUUCACUUGUGCAGCGAUGAAGCAUCAUCCCGACAAGGGAGGCGACCCUGAGUUGUUCAAAGAAAUCGGUCGCGCCUACGAGGUGCUGAGCGAUCCCGAGAAGCGGAGGACAUACGACGAAGUCGGCGAGGAGGGGCUCGAGGUACGUACACAUUGACGCUACGGCAACCAGCAUGCACAUCCAGAGUCCCAUGCUGUGAUCGAUCAUCGAUCACUGGUAUCCUCUAUCUACCUUCCUUGUAUGCAUGGUCCACCAGGGCAGCGGUGGUGGAUCUGACCCGACCGACAUCUUCGAUUUGUUUUUCGGUGGCGGUGGUGGGCGGCGGGGAGGGGGCGGCGGCAGGCGGAAAGGGGAGGACGUCGUGCACCCACUCAAGGUAGCUACCCACACAGGGUCAGGGAGGGAGGGAGGGGAAUAAAUGAAGCACUGAGAAUCGAUGAUGGACGGGCACAUGGGAUCGGUGUGUCUGCUUGUCAGGUGACCUUGUCUGACCUGUACAACGGCAAGACGCGCAAGUUGGCCAUCAACCGAGACAUCAUUUGCCCUGACUGCGAUGGCGUCGGCGGACCAGAGGUACCGUAGCACACACAUGGAUGGAUCAAGACACACAAGGAUCCUCCGCGUGCGUGCGUGUGUGUGUGUGUGUGUGUGUUCAGUCUGCGAUGGAGACCUGCUCUGCCUGCAAGGGCAGAGGCAUCAGAGUCACCAUCAGACAGGUGAGGUGCGCACAGACAGAAAGACAGACAGACAGACAGGAGUGAAUGGCUGGCUGGCUGGCUGGCUGCCAGUGUCUCACUCACCUCUGUUGCCGUGUGUGUGUAUGCCUGUCUGUCGAUGGCUGGCUGGAUACACUCAGAUGGGUCCGAUGAUUCAGCAGAUGCAGUCUCCCUGCACCGAGUGCCGGGGGCAGGGCAAGUACAUCCCGCAACACAAACAGUGCAAGAGAUGCGGAGGGGUACGCCUGCCUUGCCUUGCCUUGCUGGCCUCACGCCCGCCCACGACUGAUACCAUAAUGCAUGGCAUGGACACAGACAGAUGACAUACAUGCUUUUGUGUGCAUGGUUUGCUGCAGGAUGGCACGAUCAAGGAGCGGAAGGUGCUGGAGGUGUUUGUUGAGAAAGGGGCGCCAGACAACAAAAAGAUCAUUUUCAGGUGAGUAGGGACGCACAGACACACACAGGUCUCUGCAUUGCAAUGCAUUCACGUGUGUGUGUGUGUAGGGGCGAGGCCGACGAGAGGCCGGGUCAGCUCCCCGGCGAUGUCAUCUUCGUCAUCCAACAGCAAGAACACCCGGUGCGUGGCGUGGCGUGCAGGGAACUCGAACACACACUGACCUGCAUCCAGGGACGGGACGUGUGUGUCUGUGUGUGUUUGUGUGUAUAGGUGUUCACCCGCAAGAAGUCCCACCUGCUGAUGAAGAAGAAGAUCACUUUGUUGGAGGCUCUCACAGGAUUCUCAUUCGAGCUCGUACACCUCGACAACCGGUAGGUACAUCCAUAUCCCAUGCAUGGUUCUCCCUCUCUCUCCAUGCAUUGAUAUGCAUGCCUGUGUGGCGUGCCCGACCCUUCCCUUCUGUGUGUGUGCAGCAAGUUGAUCAUCAAGAGCAACCCCAAUGAGGUGAUCAAGCCCGGCGAGAUGAAGGCGAUCGCCAACGAGGGCAUGCCCUCGGUCAAGAACCCCUUCAUCAGGGGCUACCUCUUCAUCUCGUUCGAUGUCGAGUUCCCCGACGCACUCGACGACAAGACCUGCAACGCACUCAAGAAGCUGCUCCCCUCACCCCGCAAGAUGGACAUGGACAUCGACGACCAACUCGACGCUGAAGUCCACUACGUCGAGGUACUAUACUACGUCCACACGCACUCACCCAUGGGCACGAAGAGUUAGGUUGUGACAUGUGUUUGCCCUUGGGGUGUGGCCAGACGGUCGACCCCGAGCGUUUGAAGGAGGAUGCGGCCAGGUCGGGGGAGGCCUACGAGGAGGACGAAGAUGAGGGAAUGGGUACGCACGCAAACACACACACACACACACCCCGACCGACUCACCGAGAUGGUUUGUCUUGUCUCGUUUCUCUCUCUCUCUCUCUCUCUCUCCGUGUGUGUGUGUGUGUUCAGGUGGCCCCCGCGUGCAGUGCAGACAGCAGUGAGGCGCGGAGCCUGCCGUCGAUGAAUGAAG